GCCGCGGACCACCUAUGCAUUCUAAAAACUUGCAGUGUUUUUGCUGCAAGGAAUAUGGGCAUAUUGCUGCCACUUGCCCUAAGAAGUUUUGUUCUUAUUGCAAGAAGAAGGGUCACAUUAUCAAAGAAUGUCGUAUUCGCCCCCAGAAUCGUCAGGCCCACGCAUUUCAGACUUCGGUUAUUAUCCCUCCUGUAGCAACUUCUGCAACACACGACUCUCCUUCAGCUGCGUGCUCUAUUCCUGCACCUCCUGCACCAGAUUACUGCACCCCAGAAAUGGUGCAACAGAUGUUAAUUUCAGCAUUAUCAGCAAUGGGGUUUCAAGGACCAGGUAACGGGGAAGCCGAUCGCAAAGGGACCUAAAGUGGGCGCUUGUUUCCACUAUUUUUACCUGUUCCAGAUUUUUCUCCACUUUCUUCUAUUAAGUCUUUUGCUUGUAAUAAUGUUUCAGAUCUUAGUAUGGUGUGGCAUCGUCGUUUAGGUCAUCCCAAUACUCAAAUCUUAUCUCAUGUAUUGAACUCUGAUUUACCUGGUAAUAAGGAUCGUUAUUCUUUA